UGCCUGGCCGGGGGGCAGAGGAGGAGCUUGCGAAAAGUUUUGGGCUAAAAACCCACCUUUUGCUGCCAGCCGAGCCCGACGUCAGGGGCCGCUGUGCGCUGCGCGGGGGCUCCGCACGCGGCCUCUACACAAAGGCAGCAGCUCCGCAGCGCUCCGCACCGCGCACCGCACCGCAGUUCAAUACAGAGCGAAGCCGGCAGCUUCGCAGCAAUGGAUGCAUGAAAGGCAGGAUGCAGGUCCAGGGCCUCCUCCUCCUCCUGGCGCUGAUCCUGUUGGCUGCCACCGCCGAGGCUGGCAAGAACAAGAAAGAGAAAGUGAAGAAGGACGGCUCUGAGUGUGAGGACUGGCGUUGGGGACCCUGUGUCCCCAACAGCAAGGACUGUGGCCUGGGCUACCGUGAAGGAACUUGCAAAGAUGAGAGUAAGAAGCUCAAGUGCAAGAUCCCCUGCAACUGGAAGAAGAAGUUUGGAGCUGACUGCAAGUACAAAUUUGAGAGCUGGGGGGGAUGUAGUGCUCAGACAGGUGUGAAGACUCGCUCUGGCGUCCUGAAGAAAGCCCUGUACAAUGCCCAGUGCGAGGAGAUCGUCUAUGUGACCAAGCCCUGCUCUUCCAAGAUCAAGUCGAAGUCCAAAGCAAAGAAGGGCAAGGGGAAGGACUAGAGUGGGAAGCCAGCAUCCUCGUCAUCCUCUUGACACAGUGCCUAUGGGGCUGGAAGCCCGCUGCAGUCAGCCCAUGCUCCAGUCUUCCUCCUCUCCUUCCUUUCCAUGACCUUCUCUUUCACUGAGAUGCCUUGUUUUAAUUGCUAGUGUUGUAGAGAGCAAACCCACCCACCCUGCAGGAGGGGCUGCAGCCCUCCCCACUGCCCCUGCCAGUGCAUCCCACUCACC